ACACCGUCUUUCUUGUUCUAAAGCAAUACCUUCCUCUCCAACUCAAACAUCUCUCCCCCUCUCUCUAUCUCUCUCUGUUCUCUCACUGAUCAGUUCAUUCAUGGGCAACGCAGUAUCACCUUGCUUGCGGCACAACUCGAGCUCGAAGUCACAGUCCGUGAAGCUAAUCUUCUGUGAAGGCACCACCAGGAUGUUAGCCGGGAACCGCCCCCACAUAGCCGGCGAUAUCAUGUUUGAGUGUCCCGACAAGAUGGUCUUGCACGCAGACUCGUUCUUCCUCGGCCGCGCAAUCCCGUUGCUUGCCAUCGACGAUGAGCUCAUCCCCGGAGAAACCUACUUCGUCCUUCCCAUCGACUUCUUCUCCGGCAACACCCUAUCUUCCUCCACCAUUGCAUCCCUUUGCUCAAACUCAAGGAAACAGUCCCUCGUGAGCUUCAGCGAUAGCGACAGUCCUUUCGAGUAUGUCAAAAACGAAGACGGGAAGGUGGUAAUGCCGACACAGCCGGGAGUCGCGGUUUUCUUUGUAGCACACCGGAGUUGCAAAAGCAUUACGAUCAGCUAGUAGGGUCUAAAGUGCAAGUUUGGUCGCCGAAAUUGGAGACGAUAUCAGAGUACAAAACUAGGGUUUUGCCUUCCAAACUUAUUAGGUUGGAGUGGAAGAAGAAAGAAAGGCAAUAGUUUACAAGUUCCUCUGCUUUUUUUUUUUUUCCUUUUUUACGCUAUGAUUAUAGUUUCCUGAUGUGGUUGAAGAGAAUGAAAGAGUAUAUAUCUAGUUAAUAGUUACAAGUAAUGCAGUCGUGUUAAACAAUUUUUUUUUUUUCAACUUCUGAAUUGCCUCUCAAUUGUACAAAAAAGAUGGAAACAGCGGUUGAUCAAAGAGAUACUUGACAAAUGAAUUUAAUGUUCACAAUUCAAUGA